AUGGAAUUUUUGCGAGACUCUGGUAUUGAUAAAAAAAGCGCCGAGGAUGCAGUGAAAUAUCUGACGGGUGGACGGUUUACUUUAUUGAAGAAUUUUCUAGUGAUGAGACAAUUUUACGCCAAUCCUAAAAUUUUGUUUAAUGCAUUCAAGAAGAAAAUGUUCACGCAGUUUGAGAGAGAUUUGGACACAGUGAACCUUCCUAUAAACCAUAAAUUUUUCGUAAAGCUCAUGGAAGUACAUCGUAUUCACAUCACACAAGCUAAAACCAUUAUUCCUCUCAACAUGAUUCGUAAGCUUGUCGAAGCUAAUAUUAUCAAAGAACAUCAGGACUACACUGUUUCUUUUCAUUCACGUUUUAUAGAAACCUACAUUAAAGAG